AAACAUCUUUGACUACGAGUGUAUCCCAACAAAGCUGUGAAGUUUGUUUACGAAUUGUGUCUCGUGUUUAUGUUUAUAUAAAUUGUGUGUCACAAGUCAACGUGUCUGACACGGAUAAAUUUGUUGGGUAUGCUGCCCGUGGAACAAUGUUUUCCCAUAAAAUUUGGUUUAAGGCUUUCGCCUGCAGCUCUCAUUAUGAUAUAUGAAGCUGGCAGUGGAACUGGUAAAAUCAGGAAAAGGAUAAUGCCAGUAAGAAACUUAAAACCAAAUUCAAAAAUAAGUUACGUUGCAAAGGAGUUGAUACUGCGUCAUGACAUUUUGGAAAAAAUUUGUCAUAUCAAGCUUGAAAAGAUGCUGAGGUUGUUGCAAGAAUACAUAAAAUGCAACGACCUGCACGAAUCAUUGGUAAUUGUGAGAAAAGAAUACGAUAUUAAUCCAGACGAAGAUUUCAAUGCGUUGGAAAGGGAUGAACUUAUCCGAAAGAAAGAAAUAAUGGACGAGAUAUUUAAUAAACACCGUAUUUCACCAGGUGAUCCUGGAUUCAUUUAUGAUAAGAGAGUAGAUUUUGAAAAAGGAACUACUAAAGUGAAAUCUGAGUGGGACAGUGACGGUGGUAGUGAUGAUGCUGAUGGCUUCUGGAAUUAAUAUGUUAAACGACUAACUUUGCCCCAGUAAGUCAUCUCAGUAACAGCUUUUAACUCGUGCUGAUCUUUGUUGAAAUGAUUUGGAGCUCAUUAGCAAGUAAUUCGUUUUAAGACUUUUCAAGAUCAAAUCUGGAUAUUACACUAAGAGAAGUUGAGUUUCCUUUUGUGCACAGAUAGCAACGGAGAAUUUAACAACAUCCAUACAGGUGUUAGUCAUUUUAGGAACGCGGAGCAAACUUCAUAAUAGUUGCUAGAACCUGUGCCGCCCAUUAGUUGUUGUGAGUUCUUGGUGGUUUGCUUCCUUUCAUGUGAUCUGCUAUAAACCACUCAAUAAAUUGCUCUGUUAAGCUUGCAGUAUGUAA